AUGACAAAACAUAAACUUCGCAAGCCAAGAGGAAGGCCACCCAAAAAAGCAAAAAUUAUCCCCCCUACAUCUGUAAAAAGAAGACCAUGAACCCCUUACGAGGAUGAAGCAAUCAAGCAGCUAGUUCAAGAAAAUGACAAGCAACAGUGGGCAAAUAUCGCAGCAAGAUUAAGUUUAGAAUACAACAUUCACGGGAGGAGUGGAAAACAAUGCAGAGAACGAUGGCAUAAUCACUUAGCUCCCUCAAUAAAUAAAACUCCUUGAACUCUAGAAGAAGAAAAAGUCCUAUUUGAAUCACAUCUCGAACUUGUAAAUAAAUGAGCUGAAAUUUCAAAAUUACUUCCUGGCCGGACUGAUAAUUCAAUAAAAAAUCACUUUUACUCUUCAAUGAAGCGUCAGUAUCGGAAGCUAUAUGGGUCUGAAGGCAAUAGAGAUCAACUAAAAAAAUAUGAUCACUUAUUGACAUCAAAUAUUAUAUCAUCAAUAUUAAAACGACUAAAACAUAAAAAUUCUAAAAAAAUCCUGAAUGAAGAGAAUCAGUUGGAAAUUCCUGACAGUUCAGAAUAUGAUGAAUUAAUGCCUAUAGACGACUUAUCAGUGGUCGGCCAUCAUAUAGAUAACCUUAGUUCUAUUGAGCAUUUUCAAAAUUUUAUGGAAGAAGCUUAUCUACUGCCACUUGAGUUUUUUCAAACAUUUUAA